UUGGCAGCUUCGAUCUCUCUAUUUUAUAUUGUUUGUGUCGUUUUAAACAAAAAUGCUUUCAAAAGCAACGCGUAGUGAUCUUUUUAAACUGUUUUAAACGUAUAUAAUGUGAUCAGCUUUCAACUUAAUCCGUAAAUAAAAUCGAAAACAACAACAAAGCGUCAUAACCUCAAAAUGAGUUCCAUACAAGAAAGGCUUCAACUGAAAAGGAUCCCGUUGGAUACCUGGAACGUAAGGGAACAGCUAUGUCUAGCUUCAGCUGUGGUCAGGAGCGGGGACCAGAAUUGGAUGUCUGUGUCCAGAGCGUUAAAAACCGUGGGAGAACCUAAUAGACCUGCAGAUUGGUACUCUCAAAAAAGCUGUGCAGCCCAAUACGGAGUACUGCUAGAACAUGUGGAGACCCCAAAGCGCAAGAAGCGCAGCUCGGAAGGCGCAGUGGAGACUCCGCAGGAGAGCAUCCUUAAGAAGCUCACUCAGGAGCGCAUUGCUGAAAUACAGGAGGCGGUGGCUGAGAUGAACCGCCAGUAUGAACAACUCAAGAACGAAAUAAACGAAGUCCGUAACCCGGCCACCUCGGAAGAGCGCGUGCGCGAGCUAUGGACCGCCAUCGAAACAGCCAAGCGGGCGCGCGAGAGAGAGACGGCCAAACGCGCCGCCUGGCUGAAAGAGAGAGAGGAGAGAAGAGCGCGAGCGGAGAGGACGUGGCGGCCACCUGCGCAGCCUAAUCAGAGCGCUCCAUCAACGCCGCCGCCGCCAUCGUCGCCGCUGCUCACGUCAUUACUGAAGUCUUCCCCUGUGGUCACCACUCCGCAGCACAUACCUCACCCCGCUACCGUCGUCGAAACGAUAUCGCCAUCAGCCGGUGCUCCGACUCUAUCUAUGCUGCUAGAGAAACCAGGCUCUACGAGCCCUCACGACAACAAACAUGCCGCCAUAGAGCACAUCAAGAGUCAGUUGGUGCAGAUAGAGCAGCAGCUUAAAGCGAGCACGACCGUGGCCUCCCCUGUCCCGCUCCCCGUGCCCGCGGUGGACAUCGAUGACAUCGAAAUAAAAGCUGAGGAUGUGUAUGCCUUUAGAGAUAUCGACCUGCAUAUACCGCCCGUCGCCACCAUGCACAAGGGGCCAGUCAGGUCGGUCGAGAAGCCGCCAUUGAAGAAGGAGGAAGAAGAAACUCCAAUGGUUACUGAAGAUAUCAAGGUAGAGGUUGAGCCUGCGCCGAUCGAGGUGCAGCCUAUAGAAGAAGAGAAAGUCCCCGAAGAGAUUCCCGUGGAAGAAAUAACAGUAACCGAGGAGCCGGUACCGGUACCGCCACCGCCGGAACAGCCUUCGCCGCCGCCGGAGGAGGUCAAGAUCGCGUUCCCGGAGGUCAAGUUCCCCACGCCGGAGAUCAAGGUCAUACAGCCGGAGGACCAGAAGCCGAAGGAGGAAGUAAAAGAGCCGGAAGCGCCCCCGCCGAAUGUGGAGCCGGAAGUGGUGGUAGAAGACGUCCCGGAAGUGGUGGAAGAGGUCGCUACUGAAGUCGUCGAAGAAACUAUCGUCCCGCCCGAGCCCUCACCGCCCCCGGAACCGGAAGAGGCCCCGCCCCUACCGCCCCUCCCGCCCCUGCCACCCCCUCCCCCAGAAGAACCAGAACCAGUAGUGAUGCCAGAGGUCACUGACCUGGACAGCAUACCGCUCCCUAGCGACCCGCCGCCAGCGGACAAUGUUAUAGUCACAGAGCUCCCUCCGGAACAACCGCCAUUACCCCCGCUUCCGCCGGAGCCGCAACCUGAGGAGACCAUCGAGAACAUAGCGGAGGAGAUCAAGGUGCAGGAGGUCAAGGAGGAGGUCCAGGAGGAGAAGGAGAAGGAGGAUAAGGAGGAGGAUGCUGAGGCCACCGAAGUGGCCAGUGCAACGUUACCUGUCCCACAGGACUCCAUCCCGCUCAAGGACAUGAUCAAGGACGAACAAGCGGAGGCCGAGGGGCCGAAGGAGGCCGACGGGGAACAACUGGAGCCCCAUGCGGAUACUGAUGAUGAUACGCCCAUGGAAGUUAGAAUGUUGAGCCGUGAAGAAGAAAAGGAUGGAAAGAAGAAACGAGAUUAUUCGCGCAAGAAGAAAUCUGACUCGAGAACUUGCUCGGGCUCGGAGAGCGCGGCGGAGGCGAGCGCGCCGGACUCGCCGCACGCCAACGACGCGGAGCGCCAGCACCGGCUGUGGAAGCGGUCCGUCAUGCUGGUCUAUAGCAGGUUAUGCGCCCACAAGUACGCGUCACUGUUCCUUCGACCAAUCACAGACGAGGAGGCGCCUGGCUACAGUGUAGUGAUUAAGAGACCCAUGGACCUCACCAGCAUCAAGAGGAACAUCGAAGCUGGCAACAUAAGAACUACAGCGGAGUUCCAGCGUGAUAUUCUCCUCAUGCUGUCCAACGCGCUCAUGUAUAACAGCAGCGAACACAGCGUCUACCAGAUGGCUAAGGAGCUUCAUGAGGAGGCGGUGUCGCAGCUCGGCAUGCUGCUGGCCGCGCAGGCGCACGCGGGGCUGGCCGAGUGCGCGCCGCGCCGCAAGCGCCGCCGCAACGACUCGCCGCACCGCCACAAGCGCCCGCACCACUAACCACCACACCCAUUGCCACUUACAAGGAAGGGUACCCAACUGUCCGACUCCGAUUUGAUUCAUUUUGAUAUAUGUUAUAGAGUAGUCUAAAAUAACGGACAUUUUUUUUUUUAGCUGCCCAAACUCAACCUGUUAAGAGAAAAUGGCCUUCAAAGUACUAAAAAGUUACUAAAUCUUCUAACUCCUAUAGAAAGUGAUUUGUUAUAUCGGCUAAAACUCAUUUUUUUCUAAAAAAUCGACAUUCGAAGUUUUAUAAUAUCUUAUCGCUAAAGUUACACAUAAAGACAGGUAUUUUUUUAGGAAAACUUGAGUUUAAGCAGAUAUAACAAAACACGUGCUCAUUAUUUUUUGCUGCUUUCAAACAUAUACUCAAACCAGCCAUUAACUAGCAAGUUGCUUGAGCAUCACUUUCUAUUGGAGUUAGAAGAUUUAGUAACUUUUUAGUACUUUGAAGGCCAUUUUCUCCUAUAAACAGGUUGAGUUUGUGCAGCUAAAAAAAAAUACGUGUCCGUUAUUUUAGACUACUCUAUAACAUAUAUCAAAAUGAAUCAAAUCGGAGUCGGACAGUUGGGUACCCUUCCUUGUUAGCUUAGCCCUUUGAUCGUCCGACACGUCAACUGACGCGCACCACUACAGCCUUCCCUUCAACCUUCGUGCAUUCCGAUAAGGUGCACGAUGACGCGCACACGAUAGGCGUGGCGUUCAAAGGGUAGGGCUCAUUUAAACGGCGCGCGAACUCGCAUCUAAGUUACAUUGCGGACUACAUAUUGAGUAUGAAAGGUAGAGGGUAAGGAGUGAAAUAUCCAUAGGCAGAAUUGUUGCAAAAGUGUCCAGCUGUCAGCUAUAAAUAAUAGUUCCAAAACUCUCCAGAGUAGCGCUAGAGUAGCUAAGAUUCUAGGCGUUGUUGACGGUGUAAAGUGCGCUGUCUAUGAUUUGUUUUUUUUUUUAAUAUUCUAGAUAUUGUAGUGCCACCACCUAUUUAAGGUUUUUAGAGGGACACUUUUUGAUACAUGGAGAUUUUAUUUCUUACCUCUACCUUCCAUAAUAUUGCGGUUGCAUCCAAUUCAGUCCAUCGAUCAAAGACCGCAUGCGAGCUCUCCCACCGUUUAAUUGAGCCCGUAUUGUCCGAUAGAUCUAAGUUCACGCAUUUGAUACAUGACAACGCCCGUAGAACGUGAGCGUGCAUGACUCAUAGAAAUUAUAAAUAAAAUCCCGUAAUAAUAUUAGGGUUUGUCAACUACUUAAAAACAACAUUUCGCUCGUCUGAAACAUAACAUACGAUUCAUUUUUUAUAUCUUAGUUAUUGAAUAUUCUACGAUUAUAAUUUAUCACGCAACCAGUUAACUAUGAUGUCUAAAAAACUGUUAUCACAUUCACUGCCGAGAACCCUCCUGGUGGGCGCUCGUGAACUUUAUUCAGAUGCCGGACAACCCGCCGGGCGGGUUGUUUUGUACGCAGCAAUAGACCACCGGUUUCUGGGGUAGUGCGCCGUUUUUUGUCUGGCAGUGAAUGUGUUAAUUAAUAAAACAAACGAAACGAUACAAACAUGCAAAAAUCGGCUGUAAAAUCGAUUCAACUAGUUCGUUUAUAAUCGCUAUAUUUGACAAACGAUACGUCUUAGCCUCAUCACUACAAACUUCAAGAGAUAACUGUCAAAUUAUGGAAGGUAGAGGCAAGGAAAGAAUCUCCUUAGGCAGAACUGUUGCAAAAGUGUCCAGCUGUCAGCUAUAAAUAAUAGUUCCAAAUAUCUCCAGAGUAGCGCUAAAGUAGCUAAGAACCUAGGCGUUAUUGACGGAGUGAAGUGCGCUGUCUAUAAUUAGAUUUUUUUCUCAAGUAUUCUAGGUAUUGUAGCGCCACCUAUUUAUGGUUUUUUGUCGGACACUUUUUGGUAUAUGGAGAUUCUGUUCCUUGUCUCUACCUUCCAUAUGUCAAAUGUGUAAACUUAAAUCUAUGGAAGGUAGAGGUAAGGAAUGCAAUCUCCAUAGGCAGAACUGAUGCAAAAGUGUCCAGUUGUCAGCUAUAAAUAAUAAUUCCAAAUCUCUCCAGAGUAGUGCUAGAGUAGCUAAGAACCUAGGCGUUAUUGACGUAGUGAAGUGCGCUGUCUAUGAUUUAAUUUUCUAUUCAAGUGUUCUACGUAUUGUAGCGCCACCUAUUUAAGGUUUUUCGAUGACACUUUUUGGUAUAUGGAGAUUCCAUUCCUUACCUCCACCUUCCAUACUUAAAUCUCUCCGACAAUAGAGCCAGUUGCACCGAACACAACUGAUUGACGGCUCUCAAUGAAGUAUGAAACUUCCCGACAGUAAAUUGAGGCAUCAACUACGCCAAUUGCAACGACUCGGAGAGCCGAUUACACCAAACAAUUGUGAUCCUCAAAACGUUCGCUAAAUUGUAAUGUAUCGGAUGUUUCAUAGAUCUACUUAUGGACAAUACAUUGGAGAUUUGUCAAAUGUGGUUGGUGCAACAGGCCUUGAUAUGUUAGGGGAAGGUAGCGAUCUAUAACAAAUAUUAAUAUCGCGUGAUCUUGUAUUGUAUAUCGAAUCAAUAAAACUCUACCUUAACCCCUUAAAAUUGUCGCAAAUGAAAAAAUGUAAGGUCAAAUGCGAAUUGUGUAGUAUAAAAUGUAAUUAAGAAUAAAACUUUUUUAAAUAAA